GGACAUGCUAAUAGUUUCAAUGGACACCUCAUCAACAACAGUUGAUUGGGUUUUCUCUGAACUUCUAAGGCACCCUAAAGUAAUGAAAAAACUACAAAAUGAGUUGUUAGAGUACUUAGACAUGGUCAUUAAAGAAGUCUUUAGGCUUCACCCCAUUGCACCACUAUUGAUUCCUCAUGAAUCCGUUGAAGAUUGCACAAUUGAUGGCUUUGAUAUACCUAAAAGUUCAAGAAUUUUAGUAAAUGUUUGGGCAAUCGGAAGAGAUCCAGAAGUUUGGUCGGAACCCGAGAAGUUCGUGCCAGAAAGGUUUGUUGGUAGCAACAUCGAUCUUCGAGGACGUGAUUUUCAACUUUUACCGUUUGGCUCUGGGAGAAGAAGUUGCCCUGGAUUACAAUUAGGUCUCACAAUCGUUCGAUUAAUGCUAGCACAAUUGGUUCAUUGUUUUGACUGGAAGCUACCAAAUGGUAUGAUGCCAAACGAUAUAGAUAUGACUGAGAAAUUCGGUUUAGUUACCACUAGAGCUCAACAUUUAAUGGCUAUUCCUACUUGUCGGUGUUGA